CGGGGAGGGGACCAUGGAAGAAAAGCUCCAGGCGCAUCAGGUGGAGAUCGACCCGGAUUUCGAGCCGCAGAGCCGGCCCCGGUCCUGCACUUGGCCUCUCCCCCACCCCGACUUCGCGGCGGAGGAGGAGGAUGGGGGCGCGGCGGGAGGACCCCCGGCGCUGGCGGCCGGCGGCGGGGAGGGAGGCGAGAACGCGGCGGCCCCGGCGGAGCGCAGAGCCGCCGCCGCCUCCCUGCCGCCCCCCGGCGCGGAUGUCGGGCAGCUCCGCAAGGCCAAGACCUCCCGGAGGAACGCCUGGGGCAACCUCUCCUACGCCGACCUCAUCACCAAAGCCAUCGAGAGCUCGCCGGAGAAGCGCCUCACCCUCUCGCAGAUCUACGACUGGAUGGUGCGAUACGUCCCCUACUUUAAGGAUAAAGGAGACAGCAACAGCUCCGCCGGCUGGAAGAACUCCAUCCGGCACAACCUCUCCCUGCACACCCGCUUCAUCCGCGUGCAGAACGAGGGCACCGGCAAGAGCUCCUGGUGGAUGCUGAACCCCGAGGGCGGCAAGACGGGGAAGACGCCCCGCCGGCGGGCGGUCUCGAUGGACAACAACAGCAAGUUCCUGCGCAUCAAGGGGAAGGCCAGCAAGAAGAAGCAGCUGCAGGUGACGCAGGAGCGCGGGGAGGACAGCCCUUCCUCCCAGCAAGCCAAGUGGUCGGAGAGCCCUGCGUCCCACGCCAGCGACGAGUACGACGCCUGGGCGGACUUCAGGACGCGGGCCAACUCCACAGCCAGCACGCUGAGCGGGCGCCUCUCGCCCAUCAUGUCCAACCACGAGCCAGACGAGCUGGAGGAGGAUGACGGUACCCCCUCCUCCCCGCUGAUGUACCCCAGCCCCUCCAGCACCAUGUCUCCUUCCCUCAACGCCCGCUGCUCUGUGGAGCUGCCCCGGCUGACCGACCUGACUGGCACCAUCAGCCUGAACGAGAGCCUCGGGGAGAGCAUGCUGGAGGACCUGCAGGACGGUUACACCAUGAGCCCUUCGCAGCAGCUCCCCCCGGCCGCCCUGCGGCAGCGGAGCUCCAGUUUCACCUUCAACUCCAAGUGCUCCACCAUGGGGGCUGCCACCAACACCUACUGCGGGACUAUCUACAGCCAGCCGGCCAUGAGCCUCAUGCGCCGCCUGCCCAUGCAGACCAUCCAGGAGAACAAGCAAGCCACCUUCUCGCCCGUCAGCUCCUACAGGAACGCCUCGCUGCAGGACCUGCUCUCCUCCAUCUCCUACGCGCACAAGGAGAGCAUGGUCCCGGGGGACCUGCCCCUGCCGCAGGCCAGCCCCAUGGUGCCGGCCCGUGGCCACAGACACAACCCGCUGCUCUGCGGGAGUGGGGAGCAGGGUUUGUCCUCCUACCCGUCCCACUCGGGCUCUCUGAUGAAGAGCAACGCUUUGUACCACCCGUCACCAGCCGGUCACCACCCUGCGGUCAACACCAGUGCCUUAGCUAAUCCUGUCAGCCUUAUGAGCUUGCCCAGUGACACGUGCAGCAUGACAGCCAUGCCGCACCAUGGGCAUCUGCAUUCCUACGCUAAUAACCAAGGGGCACACAUGAGCUUGCUGGAUUCGCUGCAGGGCCCCUACCCGGGGGCUGUCCACCCCCCCGUGUUGGGCCAAGACAGGUUCCCAGCAGACCUGGACCUGGACAUGUUCAAUGGGAGCCUGGAGUGCGACGUGGAGUCCAUCAUCCUGAAUGACUUUAUGGACAGCGACGAGAUGGACUUCAACUUCGACUCGGCUCUCCCGCCGCAGAACGGGCUCAACGUGCCCGCGCUGCCCGGGGGCCCGCAGCCCACGAACCAGAGCUGGGUGCCUGGGUGACGCCCGCCCCGGGGUGGGGGGGCUUGCCACCGAGAAGCCACGAGGGGAACAUUGAGACUAACUUUUUUUUUUCCUUUCUCUUCUGCCUUUGUUUGUUAAGAUGGGCUAGAGCCAUCGGUCUGAGCUUGAGGUCGAACACAAAACACAAACCGUAGGGUCAAAUAUUGAGUCGGUGUAGGGCCCCCAGCCCCCACGUGUGCCCGGUCUGCUGGGUCCUCCCACGAGCAUCCUCCGGAGGAUGCAGGGCAGGCGGGUGGGAGAAGCAGCUGGAGCCAGGCGGGUCGGGAGGGGGAACGGGAAGGGAAAGCCUUUCCAGAUGGUCCCAGUGCCCCACUGCGACGGUGCCAGUUUGAUUUGUCCUUGGCCUGGGUGACGGAGCAAUGAUGGUUGGUGGUGCGGGACCCCCUCUGCAUGGGCAUCUCUCUCUGGAAAGGAUCCCUUUUCUCUGAGCCACCUCGGGAAACGAGUCCUCUGAGUAGAAGUGUCAGGAGCGGGGACCCUGGCCCAGGGCAAGGAGGGGCUCGUCACCCCUAAAUCCUGGUGGAGAUCUGCACUCUGCCAAGCCCGCGUGCCCAGGCCACCUCCACUGGAGGUCUCCUUGCGUGGCUUCAGGCAGGAUUCCUCACCGAGCGGUGAUAAGGCAGGGUUGGAGGGAAGGGCGUGCAAUCUGCAUCCCUGGGGACAGCAUCUUGGCAGCCCCUGCACCCACCGGUGGCUGGGGGGUGCCACGGUCACACCUGCCCACAGGAAAGCUGCGGUACCCUGCCUGGAGCAGGCGUGGGCACGCUCCUGCGUGUGGUGCACAGCCCUGCACGGGGGGGGUGGUCCUGCUGGGAGGGACAUGCUGCUGGCCUGGGUCCCCCGUGCUGGAGGCUCAGGGGGAGCUCACAGGGUCGGGGAGGGGGGCAUAUUUAUUUGAUUUCAUGCACUCUUUUGCCAUUGAGUUUUUGCAUUUGGAAGGAAAAAAGGGUCAAGCUUAGGGAGAGGAGGAAAGAGGCCGUGGGCAGUGCUGAUGGCUGCGCCCCAUCGCACAUCUUGUCUUGGCUUUGGAUGCUGGAUGAUGGGGUGGAAGCUGGGGGUUGUGAUGUGGGUCAUCCUCGAGAAGGGGGUGUGUGCGUGUGAGGAGGGGAGGAAUGCGGUGGCCAGGCCUCCAGAGGCAGCGUGGGGUCCCCCCUGCCCCAAACCUGGGUGACCCACACUGCCUCCCCUGCGUGCAAAGCUCAGGGAGGUGCCGCUGGGCUCACAGCUGGGACUGUGGGGCUCCUGGGGGGUUGCUCCUGGUUUCAGGAGUGACUCCAGCCAGCAGCAUGUCUGUCCCGGAGGGCUCUGUCCCCAUCCCUGGGACACCAGGAGAGCUGGUCUGGGGGGGCUGUCAGCCAGAGCAGACAGCCCUGUUGCACCCGUCUGCCAAAGGCCAGUGCCCCAUGGGGGUGGGGGUCACGAUUCACACAUGGUCCUGGUGUGUGUCGGGAGCCCAAACCAGCCCCACUGCUCUGCGGGGCAGGAGUUGGGCCAGGGUCCCACUGCCAUCCUGCACGGCAGGGCCCAGGGCUCCCCGCUGCGGGGUUUUUGAGGGGGGGGGAAGCUGGAGAAGCUGGUCCAGAGGAGAUGGGGGGACUGGGAGGAGAGGCGAUGGGAGCUGCUGCUCUGCCCCACGGGGUCUCCGCACAACCCAUCUUCCUCCUGGUCACCACAGGCUUCCUCUAAACCUCCUACCCCUGGGUUGCAGCCAGGGUUAGUCCACUGAACCAGCAUGUUUUCCCAGCCCAGCUCUUCUCUUCUCGCUCCAGCACCACCUCCUCUACCACGGUGCAAGCGCUGGGUCCCGCCAAGCCACGGGGGAAGCGUGGGAGCCGGGGCAGCGUGGGACCCGGGGGUGGGCACCUCCCGCUCCAAUCCUGACCCACGCGUCUGUGGCAAAGCGUGACAGAGGAGCCCCGUGUGCCACCGCUCACCUUCGCCCUGGGCACACGGCAGACACAGUCUCUAAAGACAUUCUUACAAGUUAAUUAAUUAUGUUUACAUUAUUUGAUCAUGUACAGAAUUUAAUAUAUUCUAUUAUAUAUAAUCUUUCUUGAAUGCUUUUUUAAAAAGGAUUAUUCUUUGGUCAGGAUCAUUACCGCAUUCGUUUUAUACACCACCUCUUGUUUCAGGCAUCUUUAAAAUCAUUGGGAACCGAUUGCAAAUUUAAUACCCAGCACCCCAGCUCUGCACAUGGGGUGUGAAGGACUGCUAGCGAGGAGAGGCAGGGAGGGCAGCUGGGGCUGCCAUGGGAGAAGAGGGGGGCUCUGCCCCCCAAGCAUGGGAGAAAGGGAAGGGGUCCUGGCUCUUCCAGGCAUCCCAUCUCCAGGCACACGUCCCGCAGCACACCAGCACGCCGGGCAGCGCGGGCUGGCUGGGGCUCGCCGCGGCAGCCGGGCGUUUGCAGAUGGGAUGCUCAGGCACAGGGACCCCCCCCCCCAAAAACCCCUUCGGUGUCACAGCUACGGGCCAACCAUCAUCGCCGAGGGGAAGCCGCACCAGCAGUAGGAGAAAACCCCCUCCUUGUCCUGCGCCUGCCCCGCUCCUCCUGCCUUGCUCGCCUCCCCCUGCCCCCGCUGCGUGGUGCCCCCGGGCAUCCACCCCCCCCCGGGGAACGUCCCAUUGCAAAGCUGUCUUUGUGGUUCGUGACCGUGGGGUUGUUGUGUGUGCGGUGGAGUCGUGUUGGUAAGCGUCAUGUGUACAGUCGUCGUGCGGUGCGAGGGACGGCGGGCAGUGGGAGGCAGGCACAGGGACACCACACCCCACACCCCCCCCCCCCGCCCCCCAAAGUGGCUGGGACCCCGGGGAAGCGGGGGUGGGUAGAGGGGGGGAGGCGAGACGGGCUGGCCCCGCCGCGGCGGAGGGGAGCAGAGUGGAGGGACGCGGGGAUGCCAGGGCCACGGGUGGUGGUGAUGGCACGGGGGUGUCGGGGCUUCGUGCCCGUGGGGCGGGCGGGUCCUGGGGGUGGCCGGUGCGUCCGUGCCCCCUGCAGCUCCCACCGCCCCGCUGCCAGUGCUGCUGCCAGCGCGGGGAUGGGGAAACCAGGGCUUUAUUUCACUGUCCAGCAGUGGCCGAGGCUCCAGGUUCCCUCUCUGGAAACAGCUCCCUGAGCACAGGCCACCUCACAUCCCACUUCGCUCGGCUUCAGCCUCCCCACUCCAUCACCCCCCCCUCCCUCCCGGCCCCCCUCGCCCCACAGGACAGCCUCUGGGGACAAGGAGCAUCCUCUGCUCCCAGCCCUGCUCCUGCCCAGCCCGAGCCCGGCCUGGAGCGAGGAGCUGGCGUUGAGGGGACGCCGAAGGGGCCCCACCAGUUUGCUUCAUACGGCGGUUUUCAGUCCGUCCUUUCCCUCGUAUUUAUAACUGUACAGACUGGGGGGGAGGGUCUCUGACAGGCGUCAUCUCUCACCACACAUCUAUCGUAGGCAAUGGUAACUUUCUUGAUCGUGCUAUUAGAGUUUGUGUAUGUGGCAAUGUAAAGAACUGUGUAUAGUGCAUUGUACAGCAUAUUUUCAUGAAUAAAAUUGUUUUAAAUAUUA